AUUUUCAUGAGUUUGAGUUAACAAUUAAAGGAAGAAGAAGGAGUUAACUAACCCAUUCAGCCUGUUUCUACAGUUCCUUAUCGUAGGAAAAAUAAAAAAAGGCAAAUUGUCAAUCCUACUUAAAACACUGGACAUUGGAGCCAAUAAGAACAUCAAACUUAUUUAGAUUUUCUACAAUAGCAUAAAUAAAUUAUGGAGUCUCAGGAUCAAAAGAAAAGCAAUAAAAUCUUCAAAUAAAUGAGUGAGCUUAUUGGCAGUCGUAGUCCUUCUUAAUGUAGGUAUUAUGAAUUCAAUUUAUCAAAUUAGAUCGCAUCAUUAAAAAUUCAAUCCUUUCAUCCACCAAGUCAAGAAACGAUAAAAAGGUGCAGGACGAAAGAGAAAGGACAAUCAAAUUACGUAGCCAAUCUAGCAUUUCUGCCCUUUCUAUUAAUAACCCAUUUUAUCUUAACAUCAAUUAGACUUUCCAAUAUUCCAGCCAACAUACCCUGAAGAGAUGGUCUACCCAUAACCAAUAACAUCAGAUAGAAGUCUCCUUUACAAUUUUGGUUUUCUUCCAUAAUUUCCUCUCAGCUUCAACUAUUACAAUGAUUUAUUUGUAAAUUAGACCAUGUACUAAAAUGAUAAAGAGAAUUAAUUCGAAGAGUAGUGAUAGUAUUCAUAAUUCAAGUUUACUCAAUACUAUGAUAAAUCUAUUUUACUUCAUUAAAUGAACCGAGCCCUCUUUACACUUUAGGCAGACAUUAUUGGACCAAAAUUUUUCAAUUUGGUUUUUGAUUAUGUGUGGAUCUCGUAUUUUAAUUCGCCAUGCAAUUCUAACCAAUAAAGAAUAGUAAUUGAACCUUCUUUUUCAUUUAAAAAUUCUUACUAUUCUCAUCAGAUUCAGAUUGAUAUUUUAUUAUAUAAUUCUUUAGUGUGUCAUGUAACUACUCUAUAUUUUAAUUUCCUUUUUACUUAUGUUUAUUAAAGCCAUUCAUUUUUCAGAAUAAGAAGUCGGUCGCAACGUUAGAAGGUAAGUUUAAUCAUUAUGGCAACUUUAGUUCAAAAAAGAAAUAUGUGUGGAAGUUCUUUCUAGAUAAUGUUGAACAGGAAAUCGCCCUUUUGGUUUCUUCCCUUUCAGGCAAGAAAGAAGUUAGACACAAUUAGAGAUCAAUUCAUUAAGAAUCUAGGUAAAACUUUUUCCAUAUCAUUAUUUUCAGUUUUUUUGGUGAUUUUAGAUACCUUCAUUACAUUUAAAAGUGUCUUGUAACUAUUGCCCCUAGAUCAGACUCUUAUGAACUUUAUUUGGACAAUAUUCCUUUCGCUUAAUAUUAUAAUCCUCACAACGAUGUUAAAGGUCGUACUACUCAAAAUAGGCCUUUAAAGAAUGAGGAUAAUGAUGAAUAUGAUCUCAGUCCUCUGAAGGGUCCAGAACCUCCAAAAAAGAUAUCAUAAGCUCUAUGGUAGAAACUUAAAUUAGAUGUGCAUUAAGAAUAAACAAACAACCCUUAAAAUAAAAUAGCCCCAAAAUAAUAAGAACUUUGGUGGAAAUAAGGAGCCAAUGAAGAGUUCGCCAAUUUUGGUACACCUUCAACUAAUGGAACAGACAAUUAUUUUGGCAACUUUGGUUUCACAUUUGACACCCCCCAAAAAGAAUCUAAAAAAUCAAGUUAAUAAAUUCAACAGCAAAAUAAUCACAAUUAAAAUGAAAAAAGUAAUCCUUUUUUUGAGUUCAAUUAAAAUUCUUGGAUUGGACAACCAUAACCGUAAAAUAAUUGUAAUUUUGGUUGCACUCAACAAUCUUCACAAAUUAAGCAAUUGCAGUCACCAUAAUAAUAUUCAGAAACCAAACCUCCCAAUAAAACAGAUUCAUAAUCUAAUAACUUGAUUACACCGCAAAUAUUAAACUCAUAAAAUCAAAAUCAAUUAUUUAAUUAAUAUAAUUUUAGUAAUCAAUACUAAUAAUAAGAAUAAUUAAUAUAAUAACAAUAAUAAUUAUUAUUUUAGAUUCAACAAUAAUAAUUAUAAUAACAACACUAGUAAUAAUAGUAAUAAUAAUAAUAGCAAUAAUAUCAUUAGUAAUAAUAAUAAGCAUUGACUUUUUAAAGUAUCCAACCAUAAUCAAAAUAAUCAUAAUAAGUUGAUCUCUUGGAUCUUUUUGAAUCUAGUUAGCCUUAACAAAAUUAGAUCAAUUACUCAACUCAGUAAUAAGAAUUCAAAAAGAGCCAUUCCUAAGCUUCCUUAAUGCCAAUUCAAAUUUAGUCCUAGAUUACACCUUUAUAAUAUUCGAUGCAAUCAAGCCAAAUCUAAAACAAUCAAUUUCCUAAUCAAUUUAACUAUUAGUCCCAAUCCUAGUGUUCAAAUCAGCCCUAACCCACACAACAGUAUUAUAGAACAACAUAGUCAUUGUAACCUAUGACAACUUCAUAUUAAUAAUAAACACAAAAACAUAUGUCAAAAGAAUUGGAGGAUAUGUUUGACCAACCGGCCUAAGUAGUUUAGCCUCCAAUUUAAAGAAGGUCAACGCCAUUUGAUGAUGAUCUAUUUGCAUGAAUUAUAGAAACAGA